AUGGGAAAAACUACUAUUGGACGAUUGCUUGCAUCAAACUUAAAUUAUCAAUUUAUUGAUAGUGGAAUAUUCUAUCAAUAUUUAGUAUCAAAAAUAGCAAGUCAAGAUAAACAAGAAUUAUUAUCUUUAUUACAACAAGAAAAUAUUAAACAUAUAUUUCAACUUAAUGAAUCAGUAUUUUCUGAAAAUUAUAUUAAAAAUAGUUCAAGAGCUAGAUAUAUUAUAUCUGGUCGUGAUUCUGCAACAAAUAUUAUUCCUGAUGCUGAAUUAAAAAUUUUAUUAAUAGCUGAUUUUGAAACACGCAUUCAAAAAAGGAUUAAUCAAUUAAAAAGUGAUAAUCAUAAUACUAUUCAAUUAGAUAUAAUUAAACAAGAUACUUUAUCAAUUGAAUUUAUUAAAGAGAUUAUAAAACUCUUAACAAUUUUUAUUAUUGAUACAACAUAUCUUUCUAUAGAAGAAGUUAUUGAUAAAAUUUUAUUAAAAACUUCAAAUAUGAUUAGUCAUAAUUUCGAAAAACUUCUUGCGAAAUCUUUAAAUGAAAUUGGAUUAGUAACAAAUAUAAUUGCUUAUAAUCCUGAAGCUGAAGAAUAUUCUAUUGAUAAUAUUAAGAUGAGGGGAUUUAAAGCUAAAAAAUGUAUUAAAAAUUUGAAACCAAACUCUAAAAUUAUUGUUGUUUUUGGUUCAAUUGCUGUUGAGAAAACAACUUUUUUAAAUAAAUUAAAAAUUUUUUUUGAAAACGAAGGAUUGAAUGUUUAUCUUCCUGAAAAAAUGUCUCUUCGUAUUAGAAAAGAUUUAGAGUAUUUUUAUCAAGAUACCCAAAGAUACGGAUUUAUGUUUCAAGAUCUCUUAAUUGAUGCAUAUCAGAAAGAGAAUGAAAUAAUCAAAAAAGAUGAAUAUGAUAUCUAUUUAAUCGAUAGAACUGCCAGAGAUACUAAGAUUUUUUCUAAAAUUCUUAUUGAUGAUAAGUUAAAACUUGAUUAUUUUAAAAAGAAAUUGAAAAGAGAAGAAAAAAUUGAUGCUAAAUAUAAUUUUUUUAUCAAAUGUUUGUUAAAAUAUCUAAAAACUCUUUGUGAGGGUUAUGAAAAGAAUGCUUCUAAAUUAUAUCCUAAACAUAUAGUUUUUAAUACUGAUGAAGCUAAAAUAGAAGAAUAUAAUACAUUUUUCUAG